GUCAGAUCGGCGAAUUUGCUGAAAAUUCGUAACCAUGGGUCGUAUGCACGCUCCGGGCAAGGGUAUAUCCCAGUCGGCUCUGCCGUACCGCCGCAGUGUCCCUACCUGGCUGAAAUUGACAGCGGAUGAUGUCAAGGAACAGAUUUUCAAACUUGGAAAGAAGGGUCUCACCCCCUCACAAAUCGGUGUUAUGCUCCGUGACUCCCACGGGGUUGCCCAGGUCAGAUUUGUCACCGGCAAAAAGAUCCUGCGUAUCAUGAAAGCCAUGGGUCUGGCCCCUGACCUACCUGAGGACCUCUACUACCUCAUCAAGAAGGCCGUAGCCAUGAGGAAGCACUUGGAACGCAACCGUAAGGACAAGGACAGCAAAUUCAGGCUUAUUCUCGUCGAGUCCAGGAUCCACAGGCUAGCCCGCUACUACAAGACAAAGAGCGUCCUCCCUCCCAACUGGAAGUACGAAUCCAGCACAGCAUCAGCCCUAGUGGCUUAAGUUUACAAUAAACUAAAUGUAAAACUCCAA